AUGAACCUAACGAAGAGGCCUCCGGCGGAGCUGAUCAUUCAACGGCCGGAUGGUACGCAAACCCGUUUUGUACGUCGCGUGAAAACCGUCAAAGCUCCGACGCAAACGCCCGUUGCGGAUGAGAUCGACGACGACUACAACGACGUCAUGAACACCCCGCUCUACACCACGAGUUUUAACAUUUUAUUGGAAGAGAAGGUCGUGGUGAAGAACCCCACGCGCUUUGUCAAGCUUGUUUACCAGCGAAUGCAGACGGAAGGGGUUCCGCUCGAUACCAAAACCUACAACCUCCUCAUGAAGCAUGUCGUGAGCCUAACCGACAACCUCGUCUUUGAGCUUUACGAAAAAUUGAAAGAGGAGGGUACGAAGGAGAAUUGCAGCGUGCAGCCGGAUAUUGAAACCUUCCGUCUUCUCUUCUGCGCGUGCGAGCGGAGUGCGCAGUAUCAGCGCGCGUUUUUAUUCUGCCAGCAGAUGAUGGAGCUUUUCGGGAUCACACUGGAUCGGCCGCUCUGCAAUACCCUGCUUGGUUUUUGCGCGGCGGUGCAGGACGUCGCGCAGGCGACGUAUUUCUUCGAGGUUAUGAAGGAGCAUAACGUACCACCGGAUGUAAAUACGUACAAUUGCUUUAUCAGCGUCCUCGCGGGGUCGGCCCCGUACGCGGAGAUCACGAGAGUUUUUCAUGAAAUGUGUGAGAACGGGAUCAAACCCACCAAACGAACCUACAACACGAUGCUGAAAGCCGCCCGAUUCCAUGACGAUUACGAAGGCGCCUUCCAGCUCUUUGAAGAGAUGAAGAAGAAGGGAUUUAUUCCCGAUAUCAUCACCUACAAUCUACUCCUGUGGGUUUGCCAGCAGCGGCUGGAUUACGUUUUAGGGCGGGGCCGUUACGCCCACAUCCGCCGCACCAUUGAGCAGCACCGCAACGGGUUGAAAUACCUCGCCCAGCUCGUCUUCGCGCUGCUAAACGAGAUGGAGGAGAUUCUGGUGACGCCGAACACCUUCAGCUUCAAUAAGAUUUUGACGAUUCUGCUGGAAUGCGGGGAUGUGCGGCUUUUUAAGGUUUUCCAAACCGUGAGCGCGACCUACCCGGAUGGGAGGGCGCGAAAAAACGAGGCAGCUCGGAAAGAACAAGGCGGAAGUGGCGGCAGCCCUCGUGGGGUGGUCGCGAAACCGACGAAAUCCGCCGCGGAGGUGCUCGACGAGGCGAUGUGCGAGGAAAGCCUCCAAAAAGAAGGCUGCAUCUCCGCCCGCUGCGCGCAGCCGAAUUUAGUAACCUACAAAACGGUUUUGAAGGCGUGUUUAAAGUUCGGCAUCUUAGAUCAGCCGGCGAUGCUUUAUCAGCAGCUUCAAUCCUAUGCGUUAACGAUCGAUAAGGAGCUGAUCACGCUGCUCUGGGAGGUGUGCGAGCGGAUGAAGAAUAAGGCCUGGGCGGAUGCACUCCUCACGGAGGCCCUUCAGGCCAGCCUCCUGGUGGAAACCAACUUUUUUAAUAAAUACCUCGAGGUCCUCCUCGCCGUCGACGACGAUGAAUUCUAUACCAUGACGGAGGCCAUGAAAGGGAAGGUGAACGCGUACGGUGCGAAGGCGAACACGCGCACCUACAACCUCAUUCUCAAAAGUUACAUCAAACGUCAUCAACCCGAGGUGGGGUUGCGGCUUUUUCGCGAGGAGAUGUGCGAGCUCUACGCCUCUGCGCAGCCCGACGACGAGAGCUAUUGUCUGGUGCUCGAACUCCACAAUCUCAUGCGGGAUACCAGGAUGGCGACGAAGCUCAUCGAGGACUGCCUGGAAGCGAAUGUGAAGCUCGGGAUCACCGUCUUCGAGGAGCUCCUCCGCAUUUACGCGGAAAACGACGACGAACGGAUUGAGGAAUGGUUUAAUCGUCUGAACCCGCGUGGCAGCGAGGCGCAAUCCUCCGCGGCGCCGCCGAAUCCACUGAUUCCAAAGAUCAGCCUCAAGUGUUUUGCGACGAUGAUGGCGUACUGCUACAAGCGCGGGGAGGAAAAACGCGUGAAGAAGCUUUUUAUCGAAUUGAAAACGCACCACACGAUGGAGGCGGACGAGUCGAUUUACAGCAUCCUCUUUAAAACGCACGGGGCGAAAAAAGAUACCAAGGCGAUGAUCGCUGCGUUUGAGGAGGCUCGUAUCAACGGCAUUCAGCUCGAUACCGAGAUGUACAACACGGUAUUAGCGCCUUUUGUCGAAGCAAGGGAUCCUUUUGUCUUUGAGGUCCUGUCGGAUAUGAAGUUGAAUGGCGUGCAGGCGGAAACAAGCACCUUCGCGCUGUUCUUGGAUUCCCAAUCUGGACGUGACCUCCUGAAGGCUGGGAUCGCCAGAAAACUAUUCCGUCAACACGACCUGGAUGCUAUCUCGGUGCUGUGA